GUCAUCUGUCAGAUACUGCCAAUUGUCAAAAUAACAUCUCAUAAACAAUUUCUAAUUUCAUUUAUUUAUUUUAAAUAAUGGCAGAAGAAGAUGAUCGUCAAGAAGUAACCGAUUCACCAAUAAGAGGUCCAACAUUAUCAACUUCUACGUCUAGUUUUGAGGCUUUAGAUCCCCACGAUCCCAAUUUGAGUCAAUUAGCUAAUACAAUGUUCAGUAAAACAUCUGAAUAUUUAUACGGUGAAUUAACUUCGACGUUAGACGAUUAUAGAUUAUUAGAAAACAUGAAUCGAGCUGUUAUUACCAAAUAUUCAGAUAUGAGAAACCUUUCUGUUAACGUUAAGAAAAGUAUGAAUGAAUUAAACGAAAAAUAUAGUUCUAUAAUUCCUUUGUUGCAACAGAUAGAUCAAAUCGAAGCUAGCGUGGUUAAAUUAGAACAAGCCGCAUAUAAAUUGGACGCGUAUUCAAAAAGACUCGAAGCAAAGUUCAAAAGCUUGGAGAAACGAUGA